ACCACACGCAGCGAGGAAGCCACUUCGCUCGGCUGUCGGUCUCCCUGCUCUUCACAUACCAGGGACAGAGAGUCACACACACACAACAACAACAGUCCAGGCUGUUGUUGUUGUUGUUAUUCUAACCACUUGUAAAGCAGUAAGGCUCUUUUACGCUAAUUUGGAUGCCUUUGAGCUCGAUUGCAUUUAAAAAGCGCUUGUCCGCUGGAGUUCGCACGACUCUGAUGGAUAUAUGACCGUGGCGUAUGGCUACGGCUACAGAUGUGUGAAUGGUAUAUCUCAUAUAUACGUAUAUGUCCGUGUGUGCGGCGUCAGACACACACACACACGCGCACUGAAGACUCGGACAGAGAAUCUAUUCAGCAUCCCGUCCUCUGGAUGGGACAUGUGCAGCGCCCUGUUGGAGGAAAUUAACGCCUGUAGAGCAAGGGAAUUGCAGGGCUGCACCCCGUAUCUUUAUUUUAUAUCGACUAUUAAUAUAUUUCAUUUCACAUUUAUUCCGCUUUUUUUACUACGUACUAACAUUGCUUUUCGUGGUGUGGGGGAGGCGGUGGAUUUCCUGCUACGGAUUUGAUUGAAUUUAUUUUAAUUUUUAGAUGAUUUCAGAGAUCCUUGACUUUUAUUGUAUUUGAUUUUUUACGUGGACGCGUGCGUGCGCGCGCGCGCGUGUGUGUGAGUCACGCCGAGAUGAAUCGGCUUUUUAAUUGACCUGACAUCCUCGGCGUUGUCAAGAAGCGACAACUCUUACGGGCGAUUCCUUACAGGGACAAAUGCGGCGACGAUUGGGAAGACCAGACGCUAUCACACCGAACGGGUUAGGUAUCUAAACUCUCUCUCACACACACACACAUACACACAUACAUACACAUAUAAUACACAUACACACACAUACACACAGACAUACACACACAUACACACACACAUAGACACAUACACACACACAUACACACACAUACACACAUACACACAUAUACAUACACACAUACACAUACACACCGUCAACGGAAUAUCCGCAAAAGCCACACGAGCUCAAGAUUUCCUUCACUCACAAGUUGAAGUCUUACGAAGACGAAGAUCAGCUCGCCCGAGGCCCGCUCCUCUACGGUCGACUGUCCACCGCUCGGCCAAAUACGAAACCCCACCAGCAUCAUCAUCAUCAUCGUUUUGUUUUGUCACUGGGGGUGAGACAACGUCGGCGGCUUCGGGAAGAAAGGAAGACACACAAGAUGAGAGCUGAGAUGAUCCUCAACACGAUCCUCGUCCUGGAGUUGACGCGUCUCUCCAACUUCGUUGUUGCUGCUCUGGUGGACGCCGACGACGUUCUGACGAAGGAAGAGCAGAUCUCCAUCCUGCUGGACGCCAGGAGGAGAUGCGAGCAGCGCAUCAACUCGACGGGCGGCGUCUCGGCAUCAGAUCGCCACUGUUCCCCAGAAUGGGACGGGAUUAUUUGCUGGCCCGCGGGAACCCUCGGAAGCCUCGUGUCUGUUCAUUGCCCCGAAUACAUCUACGACUUCAAUCACCAGGGCAUGGCCCACCGCCACUGCACUGCCAACGGCACGUGGCUCUUCAUCGCGGGCGGCGUCAACAAGACCUGGGCCAACUACUCGGAGUGCGCCCAGUUCCUCCGGCCAGAGCUCCACAUGAGGACGAAGGACGUGUUCGAGCGGCUGUACGUGAUGUACACCGUGGGCUACUCCGUGUCCGUCAGCUCCCUGUCCGUGGCAGUCUUCGUCCUCGGCUACUUCAAGCGCCUGCACUGCACGCGCAACUACAUCCACACGCACCUCUUCGUGUCGUUCAUGCUGCGAGCGGUGAGCAUCUUCGUCAAGGACUCGGUGCUCUACUCGCGCUCGGGGAUCCACGACGUCGAGGGCUUCGCGGCCGACGAGCUCCGCGUGAUCAGCGAGGCACCGCAGGACAAGAUGCAAUACGUGGGCUGCAAGGUGGUGGUGACGCUCUUCCUCUAUUUCCUCGCGACGAACUACUACUGGAUCCUGGUCGAGGGACUCUACCUGCACAGCCUCAUCUUCAUGGCGUUCUUCUCCGACAAGAAGUACCUCGGCGGCUUCACGCUCAUCGGAUGGGGCGUGCCAGCUGUGUUUGUGGCGGCCUGGGUUAGCGUGAGAGCGACUUUUGCCGACACUCAGUGCUGGGACCUCAGUGCUGGCAACUUCAAAUGGAUCUACCAGGUGCCCAUCCUGCUGGCCAUCCUGGUGAACUUUAUCUUGUUCAUCAACAUCGUCCGCGUGCUCGCGACCAAACUCCGCGAGUCCAACGCCGGCCGCUGCGACACCAAACAGCAGUACCGCGCGGUCGGCUACGUACGCAAGCUCUUGAAAUCCACGCUGGUGCUCAUGCCCCUGUUUGGAGUUCACUACAUCGUCUUCAUUGCCAUGCCUUACACUGACAGCAGCCGCCUCCUCUGGCACAUCCAGAUGCACUACGAAAUGUUCUUCAACUCCUUCCAGCAAACUGGCCAAGUCGACGCUGGUGCUAACAGUCGUGUUUGGCGUGCACUACGUAGCCUUUGUCGGCUUCCCCGACAGUGUCGGUGGCGUAGCCUGGGAGAUCCGCAUGUACGUCGAUUUGUUUCUCAACUCCUUCCAGGGGUUCUUUGUGGCUAUCAUCUACUGCUUCUGCAACGGAGAGGUGCAGGCGGAGAUCAAGAAGACUUGGGUGCGCUGGAACCUCAACCUCGACUUCCGCAGGAAAGUGCGCAGCGGCAGCAACAGCUACAGCUACGGGCUGACCGUCUCACAGGCGACGCACAGCGUGAGCACCAACGUGCCCAACCGGGCCCUCCUGCAGCCUCAGCCGGCGGGAUGGAGAAACGGAGCCAACCACUGCGCCCACUUCUCGUCGGCGAACGGCAACUACCGCAACCUGCCGGGAUUCGUGCGCAACGGCUCCCUGUCGGAGAACACCCACCCGCCCUCCAUCCCCGAGGAGGAGGAGGAGGAGGACGGGGAGCAGAACGACGCGGAGGAGAUGGAGGAGCCGGAGGUCCCGAUCGUCAUCGUUGAGGAGCAGGACUCCGGCUCCCGCAUCGUCGCACAGGAGGAGACGGAGACGGUCAUGUAA